AUGAGACCUAUUAUGUUGGUUGGGCACGAACGUCCAUUAACCCAAGUUAAGUACAACAGAGAAGGUGACUUAGUGUUCACAUGUUCGAAGGAUAACGUUGCCAGUGUUUGGUUUUCCAUUAAUGGUGAAAGACUAGGUACCUUAGAAGGUCACACCGGUGCCAUUUGGUCUAUUGAUGUCGACCAGUACACUGAUUGUUGUGUCACUGGUAGUGCCGAUUACUCUGUAAAGGUUUGGAAUGUCUCCAACGGUAAAGUCGUUCACACUUGGAAUGCCCCAGUUCCUGUCAAAAGAGUAGAGUUUUCCCCAUGUGGUAAUUAUAUAUUAGCUGUAUUAGAUGACGUUAUGAGAUAUCCAGGUUCUAUUAAUAUUUACGAAGUCAAGAGAGACGCCAAUACACACGAAAUAGUUGAAUUUGUUGAAGAGCCUAUAUUAAUCAUCGACACUCAAGAGGGGCACAAGGGUGCCACCGUUGCUGGUUGGUCUACUGAAGGUAGAUACAUCAUUGCCGGCCACAAAGACGGUAAAGUCAGUAAAUAUAAUGCUAAGACCGGUGAGUUUUUGAAGUCGGUUGAAGCCCACAAACAAACCAUUGGUGAUAUCCAAUUCUCACCAGACCGUUCAUACUUUAUCACUGCAUCCAGGGACUCCACUGCACAUAUACUUGAUGUCGAAACUUUCGAGCAAUUAAAGACAUACGAAGCCGACUGUCCAUUGAACACUGCAUCGAUCACACCAUUGAAACAGUUUGUUGUGUUGGGCGGUGGUCAAGACGCUAAGGAUGUCACCACCACUAGUGCCAGAGAAGGGAAAUUCGAAGCCAGAUUCUAUCACAAAGUGUUCGAAGAAGAAAUCGGUAGAGUGAAAGGUCAUUUCGGUCCAUUAAACACAAUUGCAGUAGACCCACAAGGUACCUCAUACACAUCCGGUGGUGAAGAUGGUUUUGUACGUAUACAUCAUUUUGAAAAAUCAUAUUUUGAUUUCAAGUAUGACGUUGAGAAAGCUGCUGAAGCUAAACAACACAUGCAAGAAAUUUCUGCAUAG